CCAAAUAAAAUCAGACCAGGCCCGGCCCACAAUUUCCAAUGUGAUUAGUUUUCAUUAUUGAUUCGUUGACUUAGAAGAACCCAACCACGAUUAAUCGCAGCCGUCGAUCCGGUCGAUCGGCGAUGGAGAAUUCCGACGUGUUCGGCUCGUCGACGGCGCCGCUUACGUGGCACGAUUUCCUCGAGCGCAUGCGCCAUCCCUCAGCCGCCGAAUUUGUCAAAGCCAUCAAAAGUUUUAUAGUCUCAUUUUUAAACAAUGCCCCGGAUGCGGAAAGAGACAGUGCAGCUGUGCAGGAGUUCCUUGGCAAUAUGGAAGUGGCCUUCAGGGCUCACUCCCUUUGGGCUGGAUCUUCAGAGGAGGAAUUGGAGAGUGCAGGUGAAGGACUGGAAAAGUAUGUUAUGACAAAGCUAUUUACACGAGUGUUUGCUUCAAUUCCAGAAGAUGUAAAAGCUGACGAGCAGCUUCAUGAGAAGAUGGCUUUAGUUCAACAAUUUAUUCGACCAGAGCAUCUGGAUAUCAAGCCGACAUUUCAGAAUGAAACUUCUUGGUUGCUUGCCCAGAAAGAACUGCAAAAGAUUAACAUGUACAAGGCACCAAGGGACAAGCUUGUUUGUAUUCUAAACUGCUGCAAAGUUAUCAGCAACCUCUUAGUCAAUGCCUCCCUUGCGUCUAAAGGAGAUCACCCAGGGGCUGAUGAGUUUCUCCCAGUUCUCAUUUAUGUCACCAUAAAGGCAAACCCGCCUCAGUUACAUUCCAACUUGUCAUACAUACAACGAUUCAGACGACAAACGCGCUUGGUAGCAGAAUCAGCUUACUUCUUCACGAACAUGCUUUCUGUGGAGUCUUUCAUCAUGGACAUGGAUGCUAAAGCUCUUUCAAUGGAUGAAUCCGAAUUCGAAAACAACAUGGAAUCAGCAAAGCAACUGCUUUUUGGACUCUCCGAGAGCUCAGAUGCACACAGUCAAGCAGAUCAGAAUUUCGAAUAUCAUCAGAGGGAGGAAUCUAUGGAGCCAAAACCACCUUUGAGUUCUAGGCGCCAUCAAGGUCCAGCUAAUACCACACGGGAUCAUGUCGAUUCAUCCAAAACCAAAUCAGGGAACGAUGAGCAAUAUGGCAGUGAUACGUCGUCGUCACUAAAUAAGAUCCCAUCAAUUUCAGACCUCGAGAAUAGAGGAGCCACCAUGCUAUUGAAGGAAGACGAGGUAAGCCGUGUCUUUCAAGAUUUCCCUUUCUUGUAUUCCCAGGCCGGUGAUUUGACGGUUGGUGAUGUAGAAGAUCUGCUAAGCAAUUAUAAGCAACUAGUGUUCAAGUAUGUUUGCCUUGCUAAAGGAUUAGGUGUAACAAAUCCAUCUCCUUCAUUACCAAAUGCUCAAGACCAUAACUUAGAGCAGCCUGAAACAGCAAAGGAACCAGAAAACAUAUCAGAACAUGCAGUUGAUAAUACCCAAAAUGACCCUACUAGCGUAGGCAGCGAGUGGCCCGAAUCAUCGGAUGUUGGGCCGAAAAAUACCGAUUCAAAGGUGGUGGAAGAAACAGCUCCUAAAUCUCAAGCUGAGGAGGAAAAUGAAAAUCAGAAUCCUCAGUGAUGACCAUCAAUCACCCUAUGAGAAUUAUGCAGGUCUGAUACAGUUGGUUCCAAUUUUUGUUGGAAGGAGCUACUCUUCUUCCAGUUUUUUCUUCUUUUUUUCCCUUUUAAUAUUUUUGCAUAAAUUAAGAUCAUGCUGUAGUUGUGACAAUUUGUUUAGAACUUUUGUGUACUAACAGGAUUAUGGACCAUUGUUAUGAAAGAAUCACAGUUUAUGGUGA